CCUCGUGUUUACCUUUAGCCGCAGCCUGAAUCUGCUGCUAAGCUAACUGACCGCUAACCGACCAAACAGCCGCUUCACCGCGUGUUUUUUGUUUUUACCGACAUCGGGCAGCCCGCGCGCUCUCUCGGGAUGCCGCCAAAGACUAAAGGUAAAAAGGGCGCGAAGGGGAAGUCCUCCGCCGUGGUGGACGGUCUGUCCACGGAGGAGAUGUCCAAAGAUCAGCUGGAGGAGCACAUCGUCCGCCUCCGCGAGGAGCUGGACCGGGAGCGCGAGGAGAGGAGCUACUUCCAGCUGGAGCGGGACAAGAUCCAGGCCUUCUGGGAAAACUGCAAGAGGACCGUGGAGGAGACGAAGGCCCGGAUCCGGAACAGACACCGGGAGCGGGAGGAGGCGGAGGAGCGCCACCGGGUGGAGAUCACUGAGUACAAGCAGAAAAUGAGGCACGUCCUGUUUGAACACGACAACACCGCCUUCGAGCAGAAGAUGGACGGCCUCGCGUCGACCUCGCUGAUCCAGAACCAGCACGCGCAGGCAGAGCUCGGGCUGCGGAGGGACGCGCGCGGCCUGCAGGCCAACUUCCGAGACAAGAAGCUCGAAAACGAAAACCUCAUCAAGGAGCUCAACCUGAAACACCAGGUGGAGCUGAUCGAGCUGAUAAACGACCACGACAGAAGAGUCAGAGACAUGGAGCUGAAAUAUCACAAACAAAUGCAGUCGAUGACUGAAGCGGCGAACAAAACGCUGGAGGUCGAGGUCAACGACUUCGACAACAGAGUGAAACGGCGCGCUGAGACUCUGACCGAGGAGCACCGCAAAGCUCUCCGAGGCGCUCAGGAGUAUUUCUCCGGGAUUAAAAGUAAAAUGCUGGAGGAUCAGAAGCUGCUCGAGGUGCGAGACAAAACUAUAACA